AUGACAUCAUUGGGCUAUAUACAUCUACUCAAGAUAUAUCUUUCAACAGUAUAUGACUAUGACUUUAACAACAGCAAUAACAAUAGCAAGAAUAUACUUGACCAUUUACAAACACCUCUAUAUCCUGUUGCACGAAUUGCUGCUGGACGUGGAUAUAUUGACAUUAUAAGAAUGUUGUUGGACAUUGGCAUUGUGUUCUCUGGUGGUGAGAUGGCCGAGGCUGCUCGUGCUGGACAUCUAAACGUGGUGACACUGCUCCAAGAGUCAUUGGGCUCACAACAAGAUCAAUACAGGGCAUUGGGAAUGGCUGCUGAAUAUGGACACAUACAAGUAGUGCAAUACUUGCACAACAUACUGAUCAAUGAUAAUGAUACUGAACGACCAAAGCCAAGCUCAUUCGAUAAGAUGUGUGUCAAGUUUGGAUUUGAUCGCGCUGCUCAACAUGGUCACAUGGAUGUCAUCAAGUUCCUGCACGAGAAUAGGACUGAAGGCUGCUCGACCAACGCCAUGAUAUUUGCUGCGCGCAAUGGACAUCUGGAAGUGAUUGAUUACCUGCAUCGCAAUAGGACAGAGGGAUGCUCGUCCGUGGCUGUUUCCAUGGCGAUACUCAGCAGACAUUUGGAUGUGGUCAAGUAUCUGCUGGCCAAUCGAACAGAGACCUCUUCCACAGAGGCCAUGUCCUAUGCCAUUAGAAAGGGCAACCUGCCUGUUGUCCAAUACCUCGCUCAAGACCUUGGCGUGCGACCCUCAACACAAGACGUGAUCGAUGCUCACGAGUCAGUCCUUCCAUUCCUCCAAAAUCUUGUUGGUUCCUCACAUCCAUCAUGA